AGGAUGCAUCGCCUUUUCGGCAGCCCAGGGACCGCCCCUUGGCCUCCGCGGAUGGUGGGCGGAUGAGUAAUGCAUCCAGGAAGCCUGGAGGCCUGUGGUUUCCUACCGCUGCUGCUACCCCGCCCUCGCGUGGAUAUUUAUCCUCCGCGGCUCCGGCCCUGCCGCCAUCGCCGCGGACCCAGCGCCCAGAGAGGCUACACCAGAGAACGCACCAUGGCCCCCUUUGCACCCAUGGCCUCUGGCAUCCUGUUGCUGCUGUGGCUCACGGCCCCCAGCCGAGCCUGUACCUGCGUCCCACCCCACCCACAGACGGCCUUCUGCAACUCCGAAGUCGUCAUCAGGGCCAAGUUCGUGGGGACAGCAGAAGUCAACGAGACUGCCUUAUACCAGCGUUAUGAGAUCAAGAUGACUAAGAUGUUCAAAGGGUUCAGUGCCUUGAGGGAUGCCCCUGACAUCCGGUUCAUCUACACCCCCGCCAUGGAGAGCGUCUGUGGAUACUUCCACAGGUCCCAGAACCGCAGUGAGGAGUUUCUCAUAGCUGGACAAUUGUCAAAUGGGCACCUGCACAUCACCGCCUGCAGUUUUGUGGCUCCCUGGAACAGUAUGAGUUCUGCUCAGCGCCGGGGAUUCACCAAGACCUAUGCUGCUGGUUGUGAGGAAUGCACAGUGUUUCCCUGCUCAUCCAUCCCCUGCAAACUGCUGAGCGACACUCAUUGCUUGUGGACGGACCAGUUGCUCACAGGCUCUGACAAGGGCUUCCAGAGCCGCCACCUGGCCUGCCUGCCCCGGGAGCCAGGGAUGUGCACCUGGCAGUCCUUGCGGCCCCGGAUGGCCUGAAUCCUGCCCCCAGCAGAAGCUGAAGCCUGCACAGUGUUCACCCCUGUUUCCAUUCCCACCUUUCUUUCUUUAAGAGGAUGAAAUAAAGAACUACCACCCAGCA